ACCCCACCCAACGUGGAGAUGCACCUGCAUCAUACACCUAAGUUAUGGAUCUAUCUAGGUCUGAAAAUAGCUGUACGCGCCACAUUCACCGCGCGGAUUUCACGUACACAUCACAGUGGGACCCACACAGCUCGAUCGCACGACAACUUCACGUGUGUUCGGACCAGGAUGUGAACGAAACAAAAGGAGUAACGGUUAGCUAUCCUUUACCGUUAUAAGGCUGUUUCCUUUUCGCGCCAAAUACAGUUACUCCUUUCCAUGGAUAUAAACCUCCCCAAAACCCCUCUCUUAACUCAAGUAACUCUAACUAAAGAUCCAAAAGCCUGGAAUUCGAUCAUCCGAUACCACGCAAAGCUGAAAAAUGACCAAGCAAUCCUCAAAUCAUUCGCUGCAAUGGAAGCCUCAGGUUCUCCUGUGAAUAAUUCCACUCUGCCGCUCGUUCUCAAGGCCUGCGCUCGGCUGCAGGCCGUCAAACUGGGAAAAAAGAUCCAUUCUGAUAUUCAGAACACGCCAUUAAUCAAAGAUGUCCGUGUUCAAACUGCAUUUAUAGAUUUUUAUUGUAAAUGUGGGUUUUUCUAUUAUGCACGCCGCUUGUUCGACGAAAUGACUAGAAGAGAUUUGGUUUCUUGGAACGCUUUGAUUUCUGGCUAUGUGGGGAAUUCCCAGUACGAAGAUGCUAUAGCUCUGUUCUUCAGGAUGCGAAAGGAGAAUCUGGAACCCAAUUCAAUUACUCUGGUGAGUCUGCUCUCUGCUUGUGCCGAGAUGUUGGAGUUAAGAUUAGGACAGGAGAUACACUGUUAUUGUUUGAGAAAUGGGCUUUUUGAUUUGAGUGUUCAUGUGGGUACUUCUCUGAUCGGCUUUUAUUCAAGAUUUGAUGUGAGGGUUUCACGUUGGGUGUUUGAUUCGAUGGUGCUGAAGAAUCUCGUUAGUUGGAAUGCGAUGAUUUCUGGUUAUUGCAAUGCAGGAGAAGCCUCAGAAGCUCUGAAGCUUUUUGUACAGAUGCUAGUCAUUGGCAUUGCUCCCUGUUCAUUGACAAUGCUUGUCCUUGUCCAGUCAUGCGCCGAUUUGGGAUAUCUCAAAGUGGGCAAGCAAGUUCACCAAUUUUCUAUUAAAUCUGGGCUUUCCUCUGAUAUUUUUAUAGGGAGUGCGUUGAUUGAUUUGUAUGCUAAGGUCAGAAGCUUAGAAUCUUCAAGUGAUGUAUUCGAAAACAUGCCUGCCCGAGAUGUUGCAUCAUGGAAUGCCAUGAUGCAUGCAUAUAAAGAUUUUGGGUGUUAUGAGAAAGCGCUUGAUUUAUUUAACAGAAUGCAAUUGGAAGACAUGAGAGGGGAUGUGAUCACAUUCGCAACCAUGCUGUCAAUAUGUGCACAAUGUAGCAGCUUGAGGCAAGGUAAGUGUUUGCAUGCGUAUAUGAUCAAAAUUGGGCCGAUAAGGAAUGUUUCCAUUGGAAAUGCAUUGUUGAGCAUGUAUGCCAAUUUCGAUUGCAUGGAAUCUGCCCAAAAGAUCUUCUGUAAAAUGCAUAGAUUAGAUGUUGUAUCAUGCAACGUGUUGCUUGCUGCACUGGUACGUAACGGAUCAAAAAUUCAAGCUUGGGAACUCUUUAAACAGAUGCGCCAAAUGGGCAUUGAACCAAACUCGUUUACAUUGGUUUCCAUUCUUGCAGCAUGCAAAAACCAAGCUUCUUUGAAAACUGGCCAAUCAAUCCACAGUCAUGCAAUAAGGCAUGGGAAAGAGUUCAAUUCCUCUUUGCACACUGCUCUGACUGAUAUGUAUAUGGAUUGUGGGGAUGAGAAAACAGCUAGAUGCCUUUUUGAGAGAUCUUCUGAUAGAGAUUUGAUAUCAUGGAAUGCGAUGGUUGCAUGUUACGUUCGAAGCGGCCGACCAAAUGAGGCACUGCUCCUCUUCCAACAGAUGCAGUCAGAAGUAAAGCCCAACUUGGUCACCAUGAUCAAUACUCUCCCUUCAAUUGCUCAUCUAGCAAAUCUUCCACAAGGCAGAUGCAUGCAUGCAUACAUCAUAAGGAACUUCCCAUUGCAUUUAGAUGUCGCCCCAGGAAAUGCUCUUCUAACGAUGUAUGCGAAGUGUGGAAGCAUACACGAUGCUGAAAGGGUACUUCAGUGCCUACCCAGGAGAGACAUUGUAUCAUAUAAUGCUAUGAUUGCCGGGUAUGGAAUGCAUGGCCGUGGCAAAGAUGCCCUCCGUGUCUUCUCUGAGAUGCAAGAAGCUGGUUUGAGGCCAACCAGUGUGACUUUUGUAUCAGUUCUUUCCGCUUGUAGCCAUUCGGGUUUGGUAGAAAAGGGUCAGCAGCUUUUCCAAUCGAUGUCUUGGCAUUAUAAUGUCGUGCCUGAGAUUGUUCACUAUGCAUGCAUGGUUGAUCUGUUCGGUCGUGCAGGUUUGUUGGAUGAAGCUAGAAAUUUUAUCGACUUAAUGCCUAUGGAACCAGAUGCUAGUGUAUGGAGAGCUUUGUUGGGCGCUUGCCGGAACUUUUCUAACAUUGAACUAGCACGAGUGGUUUCCGAGAAGCUGAUCGAACUAGAACCCAUGAACAUUGGGAACUACAUCUUGUUAUCAAACAUCUACGCUGCAGCUGGCAAUUGGGACAUUGUAAGGAAGCUGAGAAUGCAGAUAACGGAGCAGGGCUUGCGAAAGGCUCCAGGAAGUAGUUGGGUUGUUAUUAAGACCAAGGUGCAUUGUUUCGUAGCAGGGGAUAGAUUGCAUCCACAGACGGACGAGAUCUACUCAAAGCUGAGUUGCUUGAUGGCCAGGGUAACGGAAGCUGGAUAUGUUCCUGAUUCGAGCUGGGUGUUGCAUGAUUUGGAGGACGAGGAAAAGGAUCAGAGACUCUUUAGCCAUAGUGAGAAGCUGGCGAUUUCAUUUGGGCUACUCAAUGUGAUCUCUGGGGCGCCGAUAUUGGUGACAAAAAAUCUCAGGGUGUGUGGUGAUUGCCACACAUUUAUUAAGUUGGUCAGUAAGGUAGUGGGAAGAGAAAUUGUUCUCAGGGAUGCGAGCCGUUUCCAUCACUUCGUUGACGGUAUCUGCUCAUGCAAGGAUUAUUGGUGAGGCCCACAAGAAUAAAAACCAAUGUGUUGAUCAUGCAAAAGCAA